AUGUCUUCCAACGGCGGCAUUCAGAUCCCCAGCCGGCUGCCUCUGUUGCUGACCCAUGAAGGAGUGCUUCUGCCCGGCUCCACCACCAGAUUCAGCGUGGACUCUGCGCGGAACAUGCAGCUGGUGAAGAGCAGGCUGCUGAAGGGGACCUCGCUAAAAAGCACCAUCAUAGGAGUCAUUCCCAACACUAAAGACCCCGAGCACGACAGCGACGAGCUGCCCUCCUUACACAGCAUCGGUACAGCGGGGCUGGCGGUCCAGGUAGUUGGCAGUAACUGGCCGAAGCCGCACUACACACUGCUCAUCACUGGCCUGUGUCGCUUUCGCGUGUUGCAGCUGCUGAGGGAGCGGCCCUUCCCUGUGGCCAUGGUGGAGCAGCUGGACAGACUAGAGCAGUACACGGAGGGAGAGCAGCUGGACGGAGAGCUUGGAGAACUCUCUCAGAGGUUCUACCAGGCUGCAGUACAGCUGGUGGGGAUGCUGGACAUGUCAGUGCCUGUGGUGGCGAAGCUGAGACGACUGUUGGACAGCCUACCCAGAGAGACCCUGCCUGAUGUGCUUGCCUCCAUGAUCCGCACCUCCAACUUAGAGAAGCUCCAGGUGCUGGAUGCAGUAGACUUGGAGGAGCGCUUUAAGAAGACUCUCCCUAUGCUCACCAGACAGAUUGAGGGGCUCAAACUGCUUCAGAAGACUCGUAAACUCAGACCUGAUGAUGACAAGAGGGUGCUGGCAAUCCGCAAAGGCGGAGUGUUUCCUGGACGACAGUUCUCUCUUGAGGAGGACGCUGAGGAUGAGGAUGGUGAUGACAUGGCUAUGUUGGAGAGGAAAGUGAAGGAGGCAGGCAUGCCUGAGCCAGCCCUAAGGGUUUGUCUGAAAGAGCUUAAACGGCUGAAGAAGAUGCCUCAAUCCAUGCCGGAGUAUGCUCUCACUCGCAACUACCUUGAGCUCAUGGUGGAGCUGCCGUGGAGUAAGAGCACCACAGACUGCCUGGACAUCCGGGCCGCUCGGGUGCUGCUGGACAACGACCACUACGCCCUAGAGAAGCUGAAGAGGCGAGUGUUGGAGUACCUGGCAGUGCGGCAGCUCAAGAGCGCUCUCAAGGGCCCCAUUCUGUGCUUUGUGGGGCCUCCAGGGGUGGGCAAGACCAGCGUGGGCCGCUCCAUUGCUCGCACCCUGGGCAGGGAGUUCCACCGCAUCGCUCUGGGAGGAGUGUGUGACCAGUCAGACAUUCGCGGCCACAGGCGAACCUAUGUGGGGAGCAUGCCUGGCCGCAUCAUCAAUGGCCUGAAGACAGUUGGUGUCAACAAUCCUGUCUUCUUAUUGGACGAGGUGGACAAAUUGGGGAAGAGUCUGCAGGGGGACCCUGCUGCUGCCCUGCUGGAGGUACUGGACCCAGAGCAGAACCACAGCUUCACUGACCACUACCUCAAUGUGGCCUUUGACCUCUCGCAAGUUCUCUUCAUUGCCACGGCGAACACCACCGCAACCAUCCCCCCCGCAUUAUUGGACAGAAUGGAGGUCCUGCAAGUGCCAGGUUACACACAGGAGGAGAAAGUGGAAAUAGCUCAUCGGCACCUGAUCCCCCAUCAGCUGGAGCAGCAUGGCCUCACCCCUCAACAGCUACAAAUCCCUCAAGACACUACACAGGAGAUCAUCAGCAAGUACACUCGGGAGGCCGGUGUGCGUUCCUUGGAGAGGAAGAUUGGGGCCAUCUGUCGGGCGGUUGCUGUGAAGGUGGCAGAAGGUCAUAAGUUGUCGAGAACAGACUCGUCAAGUGAGCCCGGAGCAGAUCAGGAGCAAGAGGGGAAAGCAGUGGACUCUGACAUGGCAGCUCCUCCAGAGAUGCCCAUUGUCAUUGACCAGGUUGCCCUGAAGGACAUUCUGGGGCCGCAGAUCUUUGAGAUGGAGGUGUCCGAGCGUCUCACUCUGCCGGGUGUGGCUAUAGGGCUGGCCUGGACUCCCCUGGGUGGAGAGAUCAUGUUUGUAGAGGCCAGUCGUAUGGAGGGUGAGGGCCAGCUCACCCUAACUGGACAGCUGGGUGAUGUCAUGAAGGAGUCAGCUCAUCUGGCCAUCACCUGGCUCCGCAGCAAUGCCAAGACCUAUCAGCUAACCAACAUUGCAGGCUGUGCAGACCCUCUGGAGGGAAACGACAUCCACUUGCACUUCCCAGCGGGUGCAGUCACCAAGGACGGACCCUCUGCCGGCGUUACCAUAGUAACAUGCCUAGCCUCUCUGUUCAGUGGACGUCUGGUGCGCUCCGAUGUGGCCAUGACGGGGGAGAUCACUCUGAGAGGACUGGUGCUGCCGGUGGGAGGCAUUAAGGAUAAAGUCCUGGCGGCUCACCGGGCUGGUCUCAGGCGGGUCAUCCUCCCCAAGCGCAAUGAGAAGGACCUGGAGGAGAUCCCAAGCCAUAUACGAGUAGAACUGGACUUUGUAACAGCCAGCACUUUAGAUGAGGUCCUCAAUGCUGCCUUUGAUGGAGGAUUCCCUGCUGCCACCAUCACUCACCCACAGAUAGCCAGCAAACUCUGAGACUCCAGGGCGCACAAACACACACAUGCACUGAUGAGGUACUGAGACAGGCUUUCAUGGUUCACACAGAGCGCUACAUACAGUCAAUAACAGACUCAGCUCAUGGAGUUGGCAUGGAGUUUGAUGUUCCAACACUGAAAAUGAAGCACUUGCUUUAGCUGUUUUCUUUCUGCUCAUUUUUUCUUUCAUCUUUAAUAACAAACACCGUUAUUUUCUCCCCUUGGUAUUCAGAAUGUCACAAGCUGGCAUUAGUUUGAUAUUGCUAAUUGUAAUUACUGUUAGAAGUCCUUGUAUAAGAAACGCAUCAAUGCUACCGUAAGAGAUCCUCUUUUAAUCGUUUCGGGAGCCAGUCGCACAACUUUGACAGACAGUUAUAAAUACUAAUUAAUUCUUCUGAAGAAAACAAAUGUCUAAUGAGCUUCUCUUUAUUAACUGAUUAUCAACACAGCUGAAACUGAACAGUUGAGCAGCUGUAUUAACAAAUAAUACAAUCAGAAUAAAGAGUGCUAAUUCUGUGAAUACUG